GCCACUUCGUCACGCCAGGCAUAUGCUAUCAAAUAUUCUACCAAUCUUCUCCUAUUAAAAUGCAUCUUCCUUCACAACCCAAUAAAUAAUUCCUGAUUUCCCUAAUUUCUUUCAAGAGACUGAGAGUCAUAAUAUUGAUAGCCUGGACUGAUGAAGUUCGGCAAGCGAUUACAGCAACAGAUUCAGGAAUCAUUGCCCGGUUGGCGUGAUAAGUUUUUGUGUUAUAAGAAAUUGAAGAAGCUUCUGAAACUGAUGGUUACUUCCACUCCUCCAUUGUUGAAUGGAUCGCUGGAAUUUUUGAAGGCAGAGGCUGAGUUUGUGUAUUUGUUGAACAAUGAGAUCGACAAGCUGAAUGCGUUUUUCAUGGAGCAAGAAGAGGAUUUCGUUAUCAAGCAUAAGGAAUUGCAACACAGGAUUCAGAGUGUGAUUGAUGCUUGGGGGCCUGGCGAAACCCAUCUGACAGAUACUGAUUAUAAAGAGGAGAUAGGGAAGAUCAGGAAAGAGAUUGUGAAUUUUCAUGGAGAAAUGGUGCUCUUACUCAACUACAGCAAUAUCAAUUACACAGGAUUGGCUAAGAUCUUGAAGAAAUACGACAAGCAAACAGGCGGAUUAUUGCGCUCGCCAUUCAUUCAGAAAGUGCUGAAGCAGCCUUUUUUCACAACUGAUCUUCUUUCGAAACUCAUAAAGGAAUGUGAAAACACGAUAGAUACAGUGUUCCCAGUUGAAGCAGAAGAUGACGAAGAAGGGAAAAAGGAAAGAAGAGAAGGAAUAAGAGUGACAGGAGAAGGAAUAUUUAGGAAUACAGUUGCAGCAUUACUGACAAUGCAAGAGAUGAGAAGUGGGAGCUCUACUUACGGCCAUUACUCUCUUCCUCCUCUCAGCUUGCCAGACACUGAGAUAAUUCAGUCACUCCAGCUCAACUCACCCAUACCCAUUCUCUAGAAAUUCAAGUUGUUGAAACUAGUUGAAAUGGGAGGCGAAAGCUUUAUAUAUACUGGAAUGUAUUUAUGUUUUCUGAAUACGUGUAACGGUUGCAGAUUACUGAUCAGUAAUAUGUCAUGUUCCGUUAAA